AUGUCCCAACCCGCCUCCGGCUCGCCGGUCCCCUUGGGCGAUCUUUCUAAAAUGCAUAUUCCAACUUUGCCUGGUGUGACCCCAGAACCUCCUAAAUCCAACGGCUUGUGGUCGUCUAACCCCGUCUUCUCAUAUUUGAAUGACGUCUACAUCACCAUCAGCGAACACAGAAAGUCAUUGGGACUCACCAAUCCGGGUACCAUCGAGAACUUGAACAAGGAAGUGAGCCGUGAUGUGUUUUUGACGCAAUACUUCUUCACUGGAUUAAGAGCUGACUUGAACAAGGCAUUCCUGAUGUCCCCAGCAUUUCAGACCUCGCACACCUUGUCGGUAGGAUCCAAUGUUUUGCCCCCAUAUGCUUUCUCGGCAUUGUAUGCCACCGACGACUACUUUCUCCAGGGUAACAUCGACAAUGAUUUGUCAUUCAGCGGUAGAUUGAACUAUGGAUGGGACAAGCAUAACAUCUCCAAGCUUACAUUGCAAUUGGCCAAUGGUCAACCUUCAAUGGUUCAAUUGGAACAGGACUAUCAAGCCAGUGACUUUUCCAUCAACCUCAAGUCGUUGAACCCAUCAUUCAUCGAUGGAAAGUUCAGCGGUGUGGCCGUGGCUUCGCUCUUGCAAUCGUUAACCCCGAACCUUGCCGUGGGUUUGGAGACCAUGUACUCAAAGCAGGCAGGUGCUGCUCCUCCUGAUAGUGCUGUAUCUUACGUCGCUCGUUACAAUGGUGGAAACUGGAUUGCUUCUGCUCAAUUGCAAGCUCAGGGUGCUCUUAUUGCAUCGUUCUGGAGAAAAGUUACCGACAAGGUUGAGGCUGGUUUGGAAACUCAAAUUGCUGCUACCGUCAAGCCAGUUACUGAUUCAUUGAUGGGAACUCCAAUUGGUUUCGAGCCAGUUGUAGAAGGUCAAACCACCAUCGGUGCCAAGUACGAGUACCGUCAAUCGGUGUUUAGAGGUCAAAUCGACUCUACUGGUAAGGUUAGUGCGUUCAUGGAAAAGAGAGUUUUGCCAACAGUUUCUGUCUUGUUCUCGGGUGAGAUAGAUCAUGUCAAGGCGGCUUCAAGACUCGGUCUCGGUUUGCAAUUCGAGGCAGCUGGAAAUGAACAGUUGAUGAUGAUGCAACAAGGUUUGAUUGAUGCCAACGGUAACCCAAUCACUCAGUAG